AUGGCGGAAAACACGCGUAUGAAAGGGUUGGAGGCUGCCAUUAACAACAUCAAUGCUACGAUGCAGAAAAUGAUGGAGGAUGCCGACACUCGUCAUAACACCUAUAUGCAAGCUUGUCACACUGAUGCGGCACGGUUAGAUCAAUUAGAAGUUCAACUCAGCACUCUCCAACUCACCUCCGCUUUUAAUGAGCAAUUCUUUGAUUACUACUCUACGUCGGACAACCACCGCCUUACCAUCGCCGCCGUUCACAUGGAAAAGGACGUUGUUCCUUGGUUCCAGAUGAUGACUCGUAACAACCCUUUUCAGUCAUGGGCUUCCUUUACACAUGCUUUAGAACUUGAAUAUGGACCUUCUCCUUACGAAUCUCCCCGACCUGCUCUGUUCAAACUUAAUCAAACAACCACCGUCAGUGAUUUUUACACUAUUUUCACGUCUCUUGCUAACCGCAGCCAUGGACUUAGCCCUGAUGCUGUUUUGGACUAUUUUAUUAGUGGCCUCAAGCCUGAUAUUCGCAGAGAUGUCGUAGCCCAAAACCCUCUCUCACUCUCUAAAGCCUUUUCCCUUGCCAAAUUAUUUGAGGAAAAAUAUAACCCUACCAAGCCCAAUAACCAGCCCAGUAGACCAUACUCAUACACCAACCCCAACACUGCAAACCGAAACACAACCCCACUUAUACCCACACCUUCAACCCGACCCAAUUCACAUAUUCACAACCCAUGGCCACGUCCUGUUCGUAGCAUUACUUCUGCUGAGAUUCAACUCCGACGAGAUAAAGGGUUAUGUUUCUACUUUGAUGAAACCGAUAAUGCUUCGCUUGAAAAUGACCCACCGGAUCAGACUGAAAUUACUCCGGUAACGGAAGACGACACUGAACAUCACUUAUCUUUCAAUGCUCUCAAAGGUUCUCAUGGGGCUGGUACUCUACGUUUUCAAGGUCAGAUUCAAGGAAUUCAAAUUCAAGUUUUGUUGGAUAGUGAAAGUUCUGAUAACUUCCUUCAGCCACGCAUCGCACAUUGCCUGAAAAUUCCAAUUCAAGACGCACCCCGAUUUCAGGUUUUGGUUGGUAACGGAAGCACUCUCACUACUACAGGUUUAAUACCCGACCUCCCCGUUACAAUUCAAGGUCAUACACUUCACCUUCCUGUUUACUUGCUUCCAAUCACUGGUGCUGAUUUGGUUUUGGGAGCCCCUUGGCUCAAAACUCUGGGACCUCAUGUGUCGGACUAUGAUGCUCUUUCCAUCAAGUUUUACUUAAACAACAAAUUCAUCACUCUCAUUGGCUACUCUUCAAAAGAACUAGGUCAGGCCCAAUUUCACCACAUCCGUAGGUUGCAUCAUACUCACUCUAUUGAUGCAUCUUACACUCUCCAGUUCCAUUCUCUCUCGGAACAUAAAGCUGAUGAUGUUCUUGAUGCAUUACCGGAGGAUUUGGCUGCUUUACUACACUCUUAUUGGAAUGUGUUUGAUGAACCAACAGGGUUACCACCUCCACGGGUUCAGGAUCAUUCUAUUCCCAUACUCUCUGGUAGAAAUCCUGUUAAGGAUAGUUUUCCAAUUCCGACGGUUGAUGAGCUACUUGACGAAUUAUUUGGAGCUUCCUAUUUUUCCAAAUUAGAUUUACGGUCGGGUUAUCAUCAAAUUCUUGCUACUCCUGAAGAUAGGCAUAAGACGGCAUUUCGAACUCACCAAGGGUUGUAUGAAUGGCUUGUUAUGCCAUUUGGACUUUCUAAUGCCCCUGCUUCAUUCCAAAGUCUCAUGAACUCUGUUUUUCAGGAGCAGCUCCGCAAAUAUGUGUUGGUUUUCUUCGACGACAUUCUUGUGUAUAGCCCAACUUGGUCCUCUCACUUGGAGCAUUUAGAGGUGGUUCUCAAAUUGUUGCAACAACAUGUUCUAUUUGCCAAAUUUUCAAAGUGUUGUUUUGGCUGCACCACUGUGGAUUACUUGGGACAUACGAUCUCCAGUCAAGGCGUAGAGAUGGAUAAAUCCAAAAUUCAGGCUGUCAUGGAAUGGAAAAUUCCAACUACUCUCAAGCAACUACGGGGCUUCUUGGGAUUAUCGGGUUAUUACCGGCGAUUUAUAAAAAACUAUGCUGAUAUUGCUGCUCCACUUACUUCUUUAUUAAAGAAGGAUGCUUUCCAAUGGACUCAAGAGACGACCAAGGCUUUCAAUAGUCUCAAGCAUGCAAUUACACAAGCACCGGUGCUCUCCCUCCCUGAUUUUACUAUACCUUUCACCUUGGAAACGGAUGCUUCCGAAACUGGAAUAGGGGGUGUCCUUAGCCAAGCUCGCCAUCCUAUUGCAUAUUUCUCCAAAAAAAUGUGCCCCAGGAUGCAAAAGCAAUCAGCAUACUCCAUUAAUACUCCGGAACAACAACAUUGGCUCCACAAAUUUCUCGGGUAUGAUUUUACUAUUGAGUAUAAGCCCGACGAAGACAACAAAGCAGCUGAUAGCCUUUCUCGUUCAUUCUGUUUCGCCAUGUCUAUCCCUAUGCCACCUUUGAUCUCUUUGAUUCAUCAAGCUGUCAAUGAUGACCCUCACUUGGCUGACAUCCGCAAUCAAUGUUUGUUAGGUACUUGCACUGCACCUCAUUAUCAUGUUAAGCAUGAUAUGCUAUUUUGGAAAAACAGACUAGUGAUUCCCCAAACUCCUGAACUGAUCCAACUCAUUCUCAAAGAGUUUCACUCUUCCCCUUUGGGUGGUCAAGCUGGUGUUACAAGAACAAAAGCUAGAACUGCUACCCAGUUUUUUUGGUCUACUAUGACAAAAGAUAUUAAGGAGUUUGUGUCUUAA